UGAAUCAUACUAAGAGACAAGGACACAAUCUCAUAACAAUAAACAGAGUAAUAUCUAAUAAACUACUAAUAGUUUAUUUUGUUAUUCGAGCUUAGGCUUCCAGCAGGACCAUAGUUACUGUAACUCCAGCUUGUCUUAGGAUCAUACUACCUUGUCGUCUAGUUACUGGAACUCCAAAAUGAAGAUGAGCAUCAGAAUGUCAGACAGCUCUAUCGGUGUGCUCCUGGCCCUCCUGACCAUCACCGAGGGGAUGAGCCUAAGUGACUUGGGGUCAGACUUACGUUGUCGCUGCAUCCAGAUGGAGAGGCGUCGGAUUGGUAAACUCAUCGACAAGGUAGAGAUGUCCCCUCCCAGCUCUCACUGCAAAGACACAGAGAUCAUAGCCACUCUGAAGGGGAGCGGUAAGGAGAUAUGUUUGGAYGUCAGCGCUCCCUGGGUCAAGAAGAUCAUUGAGCAGAUACUGGCCAAGCACAAGAGAAACUCAUACAGCCCAAAGACCUGGAAUAAACGAGCCAGCAAGAAGCCUUGAAACCCAGACUUUCAUUGACUUGAUCAAUGCUAUCAAGAGCUACUUCGCACACAGGGAGAGAUUUCAGUGCUACUGCCUUUAAAAUGGAUGGACUGCAUUUACAUAGUACUUACCUAGUGCUGGAAGUUCCCACCUUUUCCACCACCAAUGUGUAGCAUCCUUUAAGUUGGUUAAGUUGCCAUCAUUUAUCCUACACUCUGUGACAGGACUCUCUUACACUGCAUCUCACCCGAUGGGUGUCACGUUGCUGUAUGUGGUUUGUCAUUUGUUAUGUUGCUGACUCACGUGCCCAGAAAGUAAUUGCCCAUCAGAGAUAAAUAACGUUUCUUGAAUUGAAUACUGUUGAAUCGAGUCUAGUGUUCAGAGUUGGGGUCACAGAAUCUAUCCUACUGACAUCUACUGCAUGUACAGUACCUACAACAGUGGCUGUUUCAUUCAGAAUUGAAAGAAGUAAAUGAUUUUGGAUCUUGAUAUGUGUAUUUUGUUUAAUCAAAAGACAAAGAUAUUGGUAAAGUAAUUAAAUACUUUUUGGUUGCAAACAUUCACCAAGAAGACACAUUCAAAAAGAGUGGUUUGUUUAAGAACGACCCCUCACUAUGUGGUUGGCAAUCAAGCGACUUGGAUUCGAUUCCCACCGGUUACAGAAGUAGCAAAUGUAUACCUCACAGCAGAAGUUGCCUUUAUGUUCCCUUUUUUGAAGUAGAAAUACACAGAAAAAUACUCCAUGGCUAUGUCUCAAAAUUGGCCUAAACCUUUCAACAUAUAUUACCACAAUAUCACCCAAGAAUAUCUGUGUUUGACUUAUUUGUCUGUUUCAUAUAAUAUUGGGUUACAAUUUGGAAAACUAUCACUUGAACAACAUUUAUUUGGCAUAACAAAAUCCUUUCUACUCUAUAUUUUUUCAACUUAAAUGUAUGUUUCCAACAUACUCAUAUCUAAUUCAAUUUUUCGCUGCUGGUCAAAAUGUGGCGUUAAGUCAUCGUUUCCUGAUCUGCUUUUUCUUUCAGAAUACAAAAAAAUGUAGAAAUACUUGCACUGUACUUGAGUGAAGAAAAUAUACAACAUUAAGGCUGCUUUUCUUUGUUUCUUAGGAUUCACUAUUCUCAAACAUUAAAUCCAAAUUGAAUGAAUGUAUUCAAUGCUCUCCCUGCACUCUUCAAUGUCAAUUUUCUCAUCUUACAAUCAAUAUCCUAAUUGUUUUUAUAUUGAUAGAACAAUUGAACCUUGUGUGUAGCUUACUGUUUUAUAAAAGUAUUUUUGGGUUAGCUAUUGUACUUGUCUUUUGCCCUUUUUUCCUGCAAUAUGAACCAAAGUUGCAUUGUGUACAUCUCUACCACAAGUUAGUGUAGAUUAGGAUAAUUGUAUUCCCUAUAUUAAAACAAUGUGCAGGUUUACACCUUUUGCUUUUGACUGAUCCUCCAAAGCUGACAGACUAUCACAACUAUCACACAAGAGAAUGCCAAGAGUGUGCAAAGCUGUCACAAAGGCAAAGGGUGGCUACUUUG